AUGACGAGCAAAAAGGAUACUUAUUAUAUUGGAAGAGCAGCUGAGAGUUUUGAUAGAGUUCAAUGGUUCCAAAAGUAUGAAAGUUUGGAGAAAUGUUUCUCUUUUCCAACUGUAGAGUCAUUCUUAAAAUAUGCUAAGAACCACCAGAUCGUGGACGUUGAAUAUGUUGAAGUUAUGAAUAAUGGGUUAUCCCUUAAAUAUUGUCCUUCAAUCCUCGAGGAUCUUGAAUCUUAUGUUCUGGAAGCGGAAAUCCCGAAACUUAAACUUUACGAAUUGGAUUUCGACCAACUAAAAAGAUUGGAGGCUCUGAAUAAGGAAGUUGAGUCCAUUGAUACAUUAUUUAUCAAAUAUAAAGACUUUGAACUUGACCUUAUUGAUAAGUAUCACGUUAAGUCCUUGAAUUUGAAGGUCACUCAGAAUACCGACUUUGCAAAGUUGAAGGAUAUUGAAAUACCCAUUUCUUUGAUCCUUGGACCCAGCGUCAAGGCUGAUGGUUUACCUACCAAUUUAGAAUCUUUGGAGAUUACCACGAAGAAAAAUUCUAUAAAUUUUGAUUUUAGUAACUUAGAAGGAUUGAAGACACUCAAACUCACAGCUUCGAAGUGCCAAAUAUCCCUCCCUUCCAAUUUGCAGCGUCUCGAAAUUAAAGCUUUCCAAAUACUUAACGAAGAUAUUUCGAAAGUUUUCCCGGCGAGUCUCAAGUAUCUCUCACUAAGCCUGGUGAGUGUGCCUGAAGGAUUUGAGCUUCCACCAGCACUUGAAGAAAUUGAAUGCCUCGGCACUGAUAUUCGUUUCAAAUACCCAAGUUCAAUUAAAAAGGCAAAGUUUGAUUUAUGUUAUGCUUCCAUGGGAUCCCCAGGAGAGUUACCUGACUCAUUAGAGGAGAUCAUAUUCUCUGACCAUGGUGCACCUUUACCAACAGUUUCUAGUCUCUCGAAUUUGAAGAAACUACGCAUAGAAUAUCUUGGAAUGCCAAGCUGUGAAACCGAAGGAACAGAAGUUAUUUUACCUGAGAACCUUGAAACUUUCGAAUCCAAUGAUUUUAACGUCAAGUAUAUCUUCAACGACAAGUUGGUUAGCAUUUCUUUGGGUUGUAUGCUGAGAUCCAAAACAGUGGAAAAGAACAAUUUCCCUAGUGACUUGAAGUAUCUUCAUGUCUCUGAUUGUUCUUAUAUGCAACUUCAAAAUCUUCCUCCCAAAUUACAACUUCUUGCUAUUGAAGAUGGUACCCAAAGUGCGAGUUUCACUGUUAAUCUCCCCACAAGUUUGAAAAUGUUACUUCUUACAUCGAGUUAUAUUGAUGACAUAGUGCUAAGUGAAGGUUUGAAAUACAUGUAUAUAGCAAAUGGAGGGAAAACUGAUGGGGUGCUUCUCAAAAAGUUGCCAGAGACAUUGGAAAUUUUGACUUUAUACAACAUUUUUUUGGAUGGAGAUUCAAUAGACCUUAGUGAAAGUAACAUAACUGAGUUGCAUUUGAAUAGAAUGGACAAGUACAGGAUCGAACUACCCAAAUCCAUUCAGCUCAUACAAACACCUGUAGAUUCUCAAGAAUCUUUAGAUAAUUUGGAUUUGACCAACAUCCUGGAAAUAACAAUCGUCAAAGGUAAAAGUCCUUCAAAGGCUCAUAGAUAA